AUGGUUUCAAAUAUAUGGAUCGCUGCAGCUGACAACCAAAGGGAAGAGGUUGAAAAAUGCAUCUCCCUGGGUGGCUUCACCCCCAAUUCAAAAGAUCCCAACGGGUACACACCGAUUCACGCAGCAGUUUCAUACGGUCAUCAUGAUCUAAUUGACUACUUGAUAAAGAAUGGUGGGGAUAUCAACAUACAGGACAACGAAGGGGAUACGCCCUUGCAUCAUGCUGAAGACGUUACUACAGCAAAGCUUCUAGUGGAGAAAUAUAAGGCUGAUUACAGGAUUAAGAACAACGACGGUUUAACAGCCGCCGAUUUCAUUGAAGAAGAGGAUGAGUUCCCUGAGGUAGCGAAUUAUUUGAAGAGUCUCGUGCACGAUAAGCCGGAGGAUGUAUCCAGUGACGCGGCUCAAGCAAAUGAUUUUUUGGCAAGUUUGCCUCAGCCAGGAACCAGGGACGGUCGAGAGAUCAAAUACUCCUUACAAACAGAGGAGCAACAACAUGGUGACGAGCAAUUGAGCCCCGAGGAACUAGAAGAAAGGAGGAAAAAGAUUGAGGAGAUCUUACAAAGUGAUAAUCCAGAGGAAGGGUUGAGGGAGCUUAUCGCCAAUGCUGUCCAUGAAGGGUUAGAGCAACGCCAGCAGGAAAGUGACGAAGAGCCUAGUAACAAGAGGAGGAAAGUUAACCAGCUCACUUUGGAGGAGCUUAACGCAUUGACAAUUUGGCAAAGAAUUCAAUUGAAAGACUGGAGAGUUGAGUUCUUCACUUUAGGAUUCACCCUUGUAUUUGUCCUCCUUUUCAAGGCCGGGGACUUGUACAAUCAGUCGAAAGUCACCAAAUUUUUGAACAACUUAAAACCAACAUUUUCCAAACAAUUUUUCCAAUUUGGCGUGGCUCCUAAUAAGCUUUAUGUCAAGGAUAGUGCUGAAAACUAUUCUUCUUAUGCUACAGGACGUUUGAAUAUCGCCAAGGUUGAUUUGAAAUUCGUUUUGGCUCCACGCCACAACCUAUUUCUUUGGAUCAUGGAGGUGUUGAUCAGUCUAUUCACGAGCAACGUUCAAGCUCCAGAGGAUACUGUUGAGAUUGUUAUUACGCCACUGGGUAAAUACGACAACUUUAUUUCGGCUAUUGUGUCGAAAUUGGGUAUGAAUGAUGCCAGAAAGGCAAACUACUUUUUGUCAUUGUGUAGGACAACUGAUUCGCCAAAUUUGCCAGAAAGUUUUGUAUACAUGAGUGAAGCUCAUGAGCUUCAAGACAAGUUAACUACGCCGGAGUUGAGACAAGCAUUGACUGUGGGAAGUGCUUCAUUCAUCAAAUUCAUUGCUUUUACUGACCAACCCGAGGCAAGGCCAGAAUCAUUGAGAGCUUUUCUUCCUGAUAGAAGAGUAAUUGUUAGAUUGAGUCUUGUAACUGGUAAUUCGGACCUUAAAGUGGUUAGUGAAGUAUUGGAUACUGUUUUCAACCUUGUUGACAAGUUGUCUGACCAAGCCAUUACCUUCAAACCAGAGACUGUAAAGAAGGUUGUCAAGACUAGAGAUUUUGAAGUUGAAAAAUUCAAGAAGUUGGAGCAAGAGGUCAAGAAUGAGAGGUUAGCUGAGGAGCAAGCCAAAUUGAAAAGGGAAGAAAGGGACAAGUUGAGAAACUUGUCUAGAGAGGAGCAGUUGAAGGCCGACAAAAAGGCCCAAGAAAAGAAACAGAAGAAGUUGCAAAAGAAACAAAGAGUGAGAAUGUGA